GAUAUCAAGAUUAUUUAGGUUGUAUACAAAACUGUUGGUUUUUUUUGGUUUCAAUUAUUAGAGAUUUCAGACAGAUUCCAAUGGCGCUCGGCACGAGAUAUAGGGAAGGGUAAGUAAUGAUGGAAAGGGGUAGGUCCAAAAAGAGAGAUUCCAAGGGCAGUAUUUUUUUAUAAUUUCAAUUGUUGGGAAGUCAACCCAAAUGUGGAGAAAAGCAAGUGGUUAAGAUGGACAUGAAAACUAAAUGCACGAGGACAAAGACAUGCCCUAUAUAUAGUUUUCCUCUACUAAUUAUUCUCUUAUUGCAGAGGGAGGGGGCUGGAUUUUUGAUGACUUUAUCGUAGUAGUUGUUUUAGGUCAUGGACAGGAUCCUGCUGUUGUUGUUGAUGAUGACGAGCAUAAAUUCAAUAUAUUUGUAUUGAGGUUGCAGCAAGAUAUGGUAAUUAUGAGCAGGGAAGAAGCAUGGACAAAUUUUCCAAGAGAUUUAUUGGCAGGUGCCCUAAUGGGUGGGGUAGCACAUACAAUUGUGGCCCCCGUAGAGAGGGCCAAAUUGCUCUUGCAGACCCAAGAGAGCAAUCUCUCUAUCACAGGAGGAAAACACAGGAGGUUUAAGGGAAUGUUGGAUUGCAUUCUUAGGACUGUCAGAGACGAGGGCGUGCUUUCUCUGUGGAGGGGCAAUGGCAGCAGUGUGCUUCGGUAUUACCCAUCUGUUGCACUUAAUUUUUCUUUGAAGGCAUCAAAUGGAGAUCCCGGAGUUGUAAAAUCAAGCCAUAUCAAGGAUGGUCUCCUCCAAGAAGAUCAAGCAAGGACAAGGGCGACCUCCAGUCGAGCAUCGACAAGGAUGGCCUUCUUCGGACUAACAUCAUCAAGGGUGACCUCUUCUAAUCCAGCAUUCCAAGGCGAGGAUCUUUACAGAACUAUGCUUAUAUCUGGUCAGCUCCAUGAGAAGCCUUUGGCCAAGGCUCCAAGUAAUUUCUUAGCAGGUGCAGCUGCAGGGUGCACGACCUUAGUAAUCAUUUAUCCCCUGGACAUUGCACAUACUCGCUUGGCAGCAGACAUUGGUAAGACUGAAGCAAGGCAGUUCAAGGGUCUCUUUCAUUUCUUGAAAACAAUACAUCAAAAGGAUGGGUUGAGAGGAGUUUACAGGGGUCUUCCUGCUUCGUUGCAGGGAAUGAUCGUCCAUCGUGGUUUAUACUUUGGGGGGUUUGAUACCAUUAAAGAUAUGAUGUUGCAGGAUGCCUCCCACCCGGCAUUUUGGAAGAGGUGGCUUGCUGCUCAAGCUGUAACUACCUCUGCUGGUUUUCUUUCGUAUCCACUAGAUACUGUUAGAAGACGUAUGAUGAUGCAAUCAGGUCUUGAACAUCGGGUAUAUAGAAAUACUUGGGAUUGCUGGAAAAAAAUCUACAAGAUGGAAGGUGUUACAUCUUUCUAUCGUGGAGCAUUAUCAAACAUGUUCAGGAGUACAGGGGCUGCUCUGGUACUGGUUUUGUAUGAUGAAAUAAAAAAUUUGAUGAAUAGUGGAUUUGCUAGCACUUUUGAUCAUAGUUCAAUGAAGCUUGGAGAAGUUCCUCCAUUGGAACAUCGAGACUCAUAAAAACACAUCAUUCUUUUUGAUGCUGUAUUUUAUUGGUUCGAAAUUGCGAAACUUUCUGAGUUGUUGACAAAGCAUAUCAUCUUUCUCUUGAUAUGUCAACUUAAUUUAGUGGUUCUGUUUCAAUGGUGCUUUUUAUCCCAUGUCUUCUCAAGGAAAAACAGUUGAAUUUGACAGAUUAUUUUUCAUUUAGGAUUUGGUCAAGUCUUCUGAACUGGGGUACUUUGUAUAUACUGUUCCACCCCUGGAUAGAUAUUUUUUGAUGUCUGAAACAUAAAGAUCUACUUAUUGAUUAGCAGCAGUACUGACUAUCUCCAUAAACCGUUUUAUAAGUAGAGGGAAAUUGAUACUAUUUCAGGAAUUGCAAUUA